AUGAUUGGAAUCGAACCGUUCGUACAGUACUUCUUGAAACCUGCCGGAUUUCAGAUGUUUGCCCUUCGGCUGUAUCAGAGAGCUAUGGCUAGGCGUCCGAUGUUAACGCAAGCCAUAUCUGCAGGGGCAUUAGCUGGAUUGGGUGAUGGCUUUAGUCAGGUGUUUGUUGAAGGCCGACGGAAGCGAGAUUAUGACCCUAUACGUACGGCAAGCCUUCGGUUAUUGGAAGGUCGUCGCCUUGAUGGAGCGAUUGGUGCGGCUCGUGAAAAAUUUUGGCCUAUACUUAUGACCAACUACAAGGUAUGGCCAUUUGUACAACUCGUCAACUUCUACUUUAUUCCACUUUAUUAUCAGCUCAUCUUUGUGCAAGCUGUUGGUAUAUUUUGGAACGCUUAUCUGUCCUUCAUGACACAAGCUACACCAGCGCUGCAAAGCUUCUAA